AUGUUGUCAUUAUGUCUGUCCGAUCGUACAGUGUAUAAAGUAGGAGUAUUGAUGGCCUCGAGACUAGAUUCGCCGUUUGAUUUGGAACGUUGUGGUCCGGCUGUCGACCUAGCUCUGGAUAAAGUUAACGAGAAGUUUCUGGCCCAUCAUAAUGUGGAACUACAAAAAGUACAGGGCAGCUACCCGUCUUGUUCCGGUGCGGUCGCCCCUGGUCUGGCUGCGGACAUGCACUUUAAGGACGACGUUAUAGCCUUCGUUGGUCCCGCCUGUGCAUUCGCAUUAGAGCCAGUUGCCCGGUUGGCUGCCUACUGGAACACACCCAUCAUUACUGGAAUGGGAGAUCAACCUCCAUCUGAGGGAGAAUUAGCAGCACCAGCCAGUGUCGUUAGUCGUAUGCACAGACUUAGAAACUUACGCAAAGGUACCAGGCCUCAAACAUUGUUUAAUGAUAAGGGCAAGUACCCGACUCUGACUCGCAUGUCGUAUUGCCAAUGUCGCUUGCCGCGCGUCUUCACGAGCGUUUUUGAGCGGUUUGGCUGGACUCACGUCGCUCUAUUGCUUGAUAAAUCAGAUUUAUUUUCACUAACCGUUGGGAAGAGUUUAGAGUGGGGCUUAAGGAAAGAAGGCGUGCUUAAGGCUGUGAGGGAGUUGGAUGGAAAUGAGAGGGAGUCCUGCGAGGCGCUUCUUAAGGAUGUCAGUAUGUACGCAAGAGUGGUAAUCCUGAGUGUCCGUGGCUCUUUGGUGCGUGAGUUCCUGCUGGCUGCUCAUUCGCUGGGCAUGACGAGGGGAGACUGGGCCUUUUUGGACGUUGAAAUAUUUCAGGGCGGGUAUUGGGGAGAAACUGGGUGGGCAGCAGGCGACGAACGGGAUGCGGCCGCGCGCGCAGCGUACGAAGCUCUGCUUCGCGUGUCGCUUAAACUUCCUACAGGCGACCGAUUCGAUGAGUUCGCGGACACGGUGCGCGCGCGCGCUAAGCUGCACUAUAACUAUACUUUUUCCGAUGGUGAAGAGGUGAACUUCUUCAUAGGCGCGUUUUAUGACGGAGUGUACUUGCUGGGUAUGGCGUUGAACGAAACACUGACGGAGAGUGGAAACAUCAGAGACGGAAGGAACAUCACACGUAGAAUGUGGGGCAGAGAUUUUCACGGAAUCACAGGUCACGUGCGUAUUGAUGCUGUAGGCGAUAGGGAUGCUGAUUACGCCAUACUGGAUCUCGAUCCUGUUACUGGAAAAUUUGAGGUUGUCGCGUUCUAUCACGGUCUGAACAGCAGCUAUAAGCCGGUAGCUGGGAAAGCCAUUCAUUGGCCGGGAGGUCGCCGUGCGCCGCCGCCAGACAAGCCGCGGUGUGGGUUCCUCGGGACUGACCCCGUGUGUCAGGGCGAGGCCCAGGCCGUUUUGAUAUAUUGCUUCAUUGGCCUGGCCGUUUUCUUGACUCUCGCGGUAACAGCCGCUUGCGUGGCCUACAAGCAAGUGCGUAUAGACGCGGAGCUGAACAACACGGCGUGGCGAGUUCGGCCCGAGGAAGUACUAGUGGAAGUCGGAACAGGUCUAGGUUCAAGCCCUGCGUUGCACAGCAUUAACGAAGAUUUUUUCCUUUAGUUAUCUCUUGGCUGGAGUACUCGAAGUAAUUCAACAACGGGCGUGGGUCCGGCUCUAACGUUGUCGUCGUUCACAGUCGGUCUUUACAAAGGAAACCGUGUAGCAGUUAAGAAAAUUCAUAGAAAAAAACUGGACUUGAACAAAAAGCUACUAUGGGAGAUCAAACAAGCCCGUAACGUCUCUCAUGAGAAUACUGCACGUUUCAUCGGCGCUUGCGUCGAUUGUCCUCUGGUCUUCAUCCUGACGGAGUACUGUCCAAAGGGUUCUCUAAAAGAUGUUCUCGCUAAUGAAGAACUGCAAUUGGAUUGGAACUUCAGGACUUCUUUGGUGCAUGAUAUCGUUCAAGGAAUGUGUUACCUACACAGCGGGUUGGGCGCGCACGGUAAGCUUCGAUCCUCCAACUGCCUCAUCGAUGGACGCUUCGUGCUCAAGAUAUCCGACUAUGGCCUUAACACGCUGUGCACCCCUACCGACUUGAUCAAGGACGACGCCUACUAUUAUAAGUUGCUUUGGACGGCGCCCGAGCUGGUAGCGGGUAGUGUGUAUCCUGGUGUUGUCGCAUCUCAGAAGGGCGACGUCUACAGCUUCGGUAUCAUUCUCGAGGAGAUUGUCCUACGCGCUGGACCCUUUCACCACUACACUGAUUCUAUGACUAACAAAGAGAUAGUGUCUCGCGUGAGCGCGCACGAGUCGCCCCCGUUCCGGCCGGCGGUCGUGGUGGGUGAAGUGGGGUCGGCGGGCGGCGCGGCGGCCGAGCUGCUGGAGCUGGCAGCGCGCUGCUGGGCCGACGGGCCCGACGACCGACCCUCCUUCGACACCAUCAACGCCAACUAUAUUAAGGGCUACUGCGACAAUUUGAUGGACGACUUGUUGCGACGUAUGGAACAGUACGCAAACAAUCUCGAAUCGCUCGUCGAAGAAAAAACGGAACAGUUGUCUUUGGAAAAGAAACGAUCAGAGGAACUAUUGUAUCAAGUUCUGCCAAGGCCGGUGGCGCAACAGUUGAUGGCGGGCGAGGUGGUGCAGCCCGAGAGCUUCGAAAGUGUGACGGUGUAUUUCAGUGACAUCGUCGGCUUCACUGAACUCUGCGCCGCCUCCACGCCCAUGCAGGUCGUCGAUCUGCUGAAUGACCUUUACAGCACCUUCGAUAGGAUCAUCGGUUUUUAUGAUGUUUACAAGGUGGAAACAAUUGGUGACGCAUACAUGGUGGUAUCUGGUCUACCAGAAAGAAAUGGGGAUUUGCAUGCAAGGGAAAUUUGUUUGAUGGCGUUGGCAGUUGUAGAGGCUGUGCGCACUUUUGUAGUAAGACAUCGACCGGCGCAUCGGUUGGAGGUGCGCGUGGGCGUGCACUCGGGGCCGGUGUGCGCGGGCGUCGUGGGCGUUAAGAUGCCGCACUACUGUCUGUUCGGAGACACCGUCAACACGGCCAGCCGUAUGGAGUCCACUGGCCAGCCAUUACGAAUUCAUUUAAGCGAGAAUACGAGAAUUCUCUUGGACCAAUGGGGAACAUUUGUAGUUGAGAGACGGGGAGAGGUCGAACUCAAAGGAAGGGGUCGAAUGUUGACACAUUGGCUGCUACAUUGCUCUGAACAGGAAGCUCGGUUGGUAGCUCAAGGGCCUCAACCUCCACCGCAGUACCCUAUUCUAUUCCCAACGCUCCCUCAGGCACCGAUAUUACACACACCGUAUUUGGUAGUCGAUACGCCAACAUUGGCUGCUUAA